CACAUGCACACAUUGUGUGGACCACUUAAGCUCCAUGCUCACAUGCACAGUCACAGACAAUAGAGCUAAACUCUAUAGGUCCUACCAGUACAUGUAGCUUGAUGCCUGCAGGACUCAGAUAUAUUGAAUUCAAAGGCACACAGGCAUCCUUGCUGUAUGCUCUACGGUAUUGGGUUAACACAUGAUGCAACUGUGUGGGCACUGAAAAUAGGCCUACAUGUGCAUGUGACUCCAUAGUUCCAUAGUCCCAUGGUCAACAGUACUCCUAGAUGUCAGUGCACCUGUACAGUGCACAAAGGGCAAAUCAAAGUUUGACCAUGACUACAUGCAGAAUGUGUUAGCUCAUUCUGCUAGAGUUUUUGGUAUAUCAUUGACAGACUAAUGCAAAGAUUCCUGUGAGCAAUCAUGGUUUCUUGGCUGGUAAUCAUAGCCGCACUGGUAGCCUUCGCGGCCUUGGUCGUGUCUCUAAUGGACCGAGUCUACUUGGACGUCACCGGCCGUUACGUCUUGGUCACCGGCUGCGACUCGGGUUUCGGCAACAUCCUUGCUAAGUACCUCGGGCGGAAGCGCGGGUGUCAUGUGAUCGCGGGCUGCCUGACGCGAGCUGGUAUGGAGGACGUCAUGUCUGGCGCCCCCAAGGGGACCGUGACGGCCAUCCAAGUUGACGUCACUGACACAAAGAGCAUACUGCAGGCUCGCGAGGAAGUUGUCAGGAUUGUGGCAGGAAAAGGUCUGUGGGGUCUCGUCAACAACGCCGGCGUGACCGGUAGCCCCGGCCCUUUUCACUGGCACAAGAAGCGUGAGAUCCAGCGCAUUCUGGACGUCAACCUGAUGGGGACCAUCGAAGUCACCAACGUCUUUUUCCCGCUGAUACGCCAGGGGCGGGGACGCAUCGUCAACGUGUCCAGCGCAACGGCCUUGCUGCCGAUGAGGGCCGGGGGAUACUCCAUUUCCAAGAUAGGGGUGGAAGCUUUCUCAGACACGAUGCGCAUGAGUUCCAAAGCAUUUGGUGUGACGGUCCACAUACUAGAGCCGGGCCACUUCAAGACAAACCUCACGUCUGUGGACGGAAUGUUAGCCUCGGCUGAGAGAAUAUGGAAGAGGCUACCACCGCAGGAGAGAGAUAUCUAUGGCCAAGAGUACUUCGAUGCAAUGAAGGAAAAAACGAUACACCAUCUGGAGAAAUCGUCGCCGAAGUUGCAUCUGGUCACCGACGCCAUGGAGCACGCCCUCUGCGCAUGCUGGCCAUGGCGGCGCUACUUGCCGGGGAAUGACGUCAAGCUUCUAUACAAGCCCCUCUCCAUGAUACCGGCCGGGGUGACCGAUUUCAUCCUGGGGUUGUUAGGGAAACUUCCCGUGGCCCAGCCUAGGCCCACCGCAACAGUGACUUUUGCAACGGACAGUAAUGAUGAUAAAUCAUAAAG